UGCGUGAUUCUAGGAAACAUCAUUUGUUUGUUCAUUCUGGCUUGGUUUGAGAACUUCAUGGAUUUUUUCUUCUUUAAUAUCUUGGUUUAUUUGCUAAUUGAGCUUAUUGAUUCUUCAGAGUAGUGUUGUUGAUCCAUGUUUCUUUAGUGUUCUGUUUGGUGGAAGACAUUAUUUUAAUUUCUUUUACAAGUUUCUUCUUACUUUGCUGUUAUUGUUUGGAAGAAAUAACCGGUUACUUUUUUGGUAUCAAAUCUAAGUCUCUUCUCUAACACUAUUCUACAUUAAUAGCUAUGGGAUAUGUUAAUUUGAAAGAAGUUGCUUCACAUCAAGAAUGGGUUCUGGUUUUUGGUUUAAAACAAUAAUUAGCCUAAGGAAAUCAAAAAGCAGAUCAAAGAAAGCAAAGGGUACCUUAGCUCCAGAGAAGCUAAGCGCAUUGAAAUCGAACAAAUAUACAGGAAAAGAGUCUAGUGGAUUAGCAAAUGGUAUCCAAAAUGAUAAUCUCGUGGCAAUUGAAACUAUUGCUGCAACGAGAAUCCAGACUGCAUUCCGUGCUUAUAAGGCUAGGAAAGCUCUACGACGAUUGAAAGGUUUCACAAAACUGAAGAUUUUAACGCAAGGUUACUCUGUUCAAAAGCAAGCCAGUACAACUAUAACAUACCUUCAUUCAUGGAGCAAGAUACAGGGUGAGAUAAGAGCUCGUCGAAUCUGUAUGGUGACAGAAGACAGGAUCAAGCGGAAGAAACAAGAGUCUCAACUAAAACUUGAGGAAAAGCUCCAUGAUUUGGAGGUUGAAUGGUCUGGCGGUCCUGAAACCAUGGAAGAAACCCUUGGGAGGAUACAUCAUAGAGAAGAAGCAGCUGUAAAGCGUGAAAGAGCCAUGGCUUAUGCCUUUUCUCAUCAGUGGAGGGCAAACUCUAGUCAGAGCCAAGUGCUAGGUAGUUAUGAACUCGGAAAAGCUAACUGGGGUUGGAGCUGGAAGGAACGCUGGAUCGCGGCUCGCCCAUGGGAAAGCCGUGUUGCUAGCAGCACUAGUCCAAAGAAAACUCAAAACAAGCUAUCUUUCAAGGUUCAGAAGAAUAAAAGCACAUCAACUUCUAAAACUUCAGUUUCAGUAACACCUACUUCCUCCAAUGCAAAAGGAACUCCUCCUUUAGGUAAUGCUAAAGGGAGUGCCAAACCUAGGAGAUUGUCUUAUCCAACCACCACAGAGAAGUCUGUGGUGGUUGAAGGAGGAGCGAAGUGAAGUGAAUUGGCAGCAAUGGUUUAUAAGUAUCAAGGGUUUUGUAUAAUUUGAGUUGAGGAGAGUCAAAAUUGUGUUGCAAUUGGUUACAUAAAAUAUAUUUUUGGUAUCACGGUGGUUUGUCAAAAUUAUAGAGAGCCAUUGUAAUUUAACAAAAGUUACAUCUUGUGGCUUUUUGUAAAAUCACGGUGGCCCAUCGUGAUAACAAACAUGCACAAAAUGUAGAGAGUCAAACAUAAGAUCCUGCUUUAUUUAUUCAUUGGAUUGCUUCCUAUUUGUGCAUAUAUAUGAAAUUCAAACAAGUGUCUGAGAAUGGAGUCAACAGACUCUGUAUAUGAGUGUGAUUUGUUGAUUGAUUCUGUUUUUUUAUUUUUUUAUUUUUAUUUUUAUCAUUUGUCAAUUUUGUAUAUUCAACGAAGAGAUACAAAUUGUAGAACGGUACAUUUCGUAUAUUUUUUUACCUCAUAUGUUGUAAUAGAAAAUUUGUAAGAUGUGAUGGUGUUGUUUAUUU